AUGCAUGUCAACCAUCUUUUGCCCUGCUUUUUACGAGGACGAGUCGUUGCUGGUUUUGGAAGAGGAGGAAAAGAGCUAGGUUGUCCUACAGCUAACAUCGAGGAUUCCGUAGUUGAGAAUCUGUCAAGUGAAAUACCAUGUGGUGUUUUCUAUGGUCUCGCAAGAAUCGAUGGAGAAGAGGUGAACAAGAUGGUUGCUAGCAUUGGUUGGAAUCCUCAUUAUCAGAAUAAAAAGAAGACUUUAGUAAGCGAGGUUUUGUUUAUGUCAUUUCAGAUAAGUACUUGCUUCUAUGAGCUAUAUCAGUGUGACGUCUAA